AAUUCGCUGGAUUUUGGUUGAUUUUUUCAAUGCAUGUUCUUAAGAAACAUUUUUAACAUCUUUUAUUCCACCAAAAAAUGUUCAGAAAUAUCCCAAAAAUGUUGAAAAUGUGGACAUCAGAAGUUUCACUGUGAAAAUAUGCAUAUAUUCCACAUUUUCAAACUUUAAAACGGGUCAGUUUUGACCCGCAGGACGACAUGAGGGUUAAACAUUUAAUAGUAAUUGCAUGUGUAAAAUUAAAAUCUUGCAAUUAGUUUGUUUUGCUAAUACCACUCCUAGAGUGAGGCACGGUGGCGGCAGCAUCAUGAUAUUGUGGAGCUUCUCAGCAGCAGACACUAUGAGACUGGUCAGAAUAGAAGGAAUAAAUCUCAGACUUAAAGACAUGACUUCACUUUGUCGUUAUGGGUUAUUAAGUGCAGAUUGAUGCCGAUUUAAUCUGUUUAAAAAUAAAUCUACAAGCAGUGAGGACACCUGAAUACUUUUUGCAGUGACUGUACAUCCAGAGCACGUAAAAAAUGAGCAUAUAUCACAGCACGUUUAUAAAUACCUGCCUCACCGGCUAUACAUGACCAGACUUUAGUUUGGACACACCUUCUUUAUAACAAAUAUAACAAAAAUAGGUUUCUAUCAUCUGAAGAACAUAUCCAGAGUCCGCCCGUUUCUCUCUCAGGCCAGCAGGAGGCGCUAAUACAUGCUUUUAUCUCUUGUCGUUUAGACUAUUGUAAUGUCCUGCUCUCUGGUCUUCCUAAAAAGAGUAUUUUAAAUCUACAGUUAUUACAAAACUCAGCCUCACCGUGCUGACGAGGACCAGAGGGCGGGAACACUUUUAUUACACCAGUUUUACAGUCGCUGCAUUGGCUCCCCGUCCGCUUCAGGGUCGAUUUUAAGGUUCUUUUAUUAGUUUUUGAAAGUCUUAACGGCCUUGCGCCUUCUUAUUUAUCUGAUCAGUCAGGGAUUUAAUACCCUGCCACAUGGGGUCGUUGUUCUCAAAGUGCCCCUCUUUUUGCUGCUUGUAUCUGCCCUUGGCUUCUCUGAUGCCCUUUGCUAAGUUUUUCCAGCAGUUUUGUAGUCCAGCUGGUUCCCUGACCUGUAGGUGGCGUCCCCGGCUUUGAGCAGCAACCGUACAGUUCCAUUAAACCAGGGCUUCUGAUUUGGGAACACCCUGGUGGUUUUGGUAGGUAGUACGGCCUCAGUGCAAAAACGUACAUAAUGCAGGACAGCAGAGGUGGAACCCUCCAGGUCAGAAACCUCAGAGAAAACAUCCCAGUCCGUGAUGUGAAAGCAGUGCUGCAGAGAUGCAGUGGCCUCCUCACUCCAUACCUGCACAGUCUUUAUGGUGGGUCUGUAGGCUGCAGUCAGUAGCAGGGAGAUGAGGGGCUGCUGCAGCUUUGGAAACUCCCCUGAUGUUUGUGUACACCUGGUGUAAAAUGUUAUUGUCUCCUGUGAGGAAGUUGAUGUGUUUAUGAAGCUUGGGCAGCACUGUCUUGAGCUCAACGUGGUUGAAGUCUCCUGCUACAAUCACAUCUCCCUCUGGAUAGGCAUUUAUCUGGCUGUUUACAGAGCUGUGCAGGGCUAGCUUAGCAUUAGCAUGUGGUGGGAUGUGAACAGCUGUGAUGAGGACGACAGAGAACUCCCUCGGUAGAUAAAAUGGCCUGCAUUUUACAGCCAGAUACUCCAGAUCUGGAGAACAAUGGGUCCAAAUGAUGUUUACAGCUGAACACCAGUCGUUGUUUAUGUACACCACACCUCCACCUCUGCUCUUACUGGAGCACGAGGUUCUGUCGGCCUGAUGAACAGCACAGCCUUCUAACCCGAUAACAUUGUCAGGAACGUUAUUAUCCAGUUGUUGUGUUUGUCCAGCAGAUGUCAGCAGAACAGCAGCUCUGAGCAGAGUUUGUUAAAGAUGUGAAUAUUCCAGAGCAAACAGUGAGCUGAGCUUUGGGCUGAUGCAGGGCUGCAGAGAACAACAUCACAGAGAUUCAUGCCAAGUGCAGGGAAGUCAAAGUGUACAGAGGAGGUUCUUCUGAGGCUGAAUUCAGAAUAAAUGAAAUAACUUUGUUCUUCAUUGUUUUCUCAGACUGAGUGGCUGUAAUCUGUCAGAGAGCAGCUGUGCAGCUCUGUCCUCAGUCCUCAGCUCUCCAUCCUCCAGUCUGGAACAUCUGGACCUGAGCUGGAACCACAAUCUGCAGGAUUAAGGACUGAAGCAUCUUCCUGCUGGACUGUAAACUGGAGACUCUCAGGUCAGAUGGAGGACAGAAUCCACAGUCCUGCUGUGUGUCUGAAUGUGAAGCUGAUGUGAAAGUGAUGUGAGGCUUCAGCAGUGGGACUUCCACACAUCCAGUCAGUAUGUUUGUGUUUCCACAGUGUUUGUUCUGAGCUGCAGUGGAGCCUCAGGAACUCAAAGAGGACUUUAGCUGUCAACAGUGUGGAAGUUUGGUGGACGCUGACUUGAUUCAUGUCAGUCAGAAGCUGAAGCUUGAUGUUAGUGUGAGCUGAGCUCAUGAAGUGAUUCCUUCCAGUGGAGUUGUGUUAGGAAGAGAGCAGUGGACAGUCAGUGUGGACAGCAGGAAUCAGAAUCCCUCUGGAAUGUACAGAUGACAUGUGACUGUUGUUGGAAGACACACUGGAAGAUGUGAAUGAGACAAAGCUAGCAAGCUGAUUUCCACAGAAGAAGAAGGUGAUGGAAUAAAUGAAAGAAUGAAGAGAUUUGAUGUUGAUCCUGUAAUGAGAGAGUGGACUGAGGUCAGCAGAUGUUAUUGAUGUGUGGACAUGAAUAUGUGGAUGAAUGUUGUGCUGACAUCUGGAUGAUGUGUGUAGAAGGCUGACAUGAUGAUGAUCCACAAUAACAGAAGGACAAAGUCACUCUGCUGGUUUUAGAGAAAAGCUGAUUGAUGAGGACAAAGUAAUGUUGAGCUGCACAUUCAGAACCUGAACACAUCUGAUGGAUCAUCAAUGAUUUUAUACACAUCUUUUGUUCUUUAUUCAGAUUGAUGAUUGAUGUGUGUCCUUGUGUGUGCUUUUAUCCAGAUGUGUUGACUGACAGCCUCCAUGUUGGUUUGCCAGCUGAUGUUUGAGGAGCAGAUGAGAUGUUGAUGGACACUCAGAGACUGUUGGUUUAAAUGGAGCAGCAGUAAAUCCAUGAGUGAAGAGUUUGUGCAGUAAUGAAGCUUGAUGACUGUCAGCAGUUUGUUUCCACUGUGGAAUGCAGUGAAAUGUGCAGAGAAACACAUCUGAUGCUGAUCAAACUCAUUGAUCUCCUCUGUUCUUUCUUCUUCUCUCUGCAGAUGGAAGUAUUACUGAUCAGGACGGUGUUUGUGCUGAGAGGAUGAAGUGUGUCCUGAUGAUCCAGAGGUUGAAUCAGCAGCAGCAGCUGUUUCAGGAAGUUCUGGGACUGAUCUUCUUUUCUGAGCUGUGAAAUGCACACAGAAGAAACUCUGUCCAACGAAAUCCUGGCUGAUGUGACCGAGGCCUCCACAGUGGACGUUCUGCUGACAAACCUGAUCAGGGGGAAGCUGCUUCCUUCUGCUCGCCUCUGGAUAACCACACGACCUGCAGCAGCUAAUCAGAUCCCUCCUGAGUUGGUUGAUGUGGUGACGGAGGUGAGAGGCUUCACUGAUACCCAGAAGAAAGAGUAUUUCAGGAAGAGAUUCAAAGAGGAGGAACAGACCAACAAAAUCAUCUCCCAUGUGAAAGCAUCCCGAAGCCUCCACAUCAUGUGUCACAUCCCAGUGUUCUGCUGGAUCACUGCUUCGGUUCUGGACCGUGUGUUGAGAGCAGACGAGAGAGGGGAGUUACCCAAGACCCUGACUCAGAUGUACAUCCACUUCCUAGUGGUUCAGUCCAAAAUAGGAAAUGUUAAGUUUCAUGGAGCAUCAGAGACGGAUCCAGUCUGGAACCCUCAAACCUGCAAGAUGAUUCUGUCUCUGGGAAAACUGGCUUUUAAUCAGCUGCAGAAAGGAAACCUGAUCUUCUAUGAAUCAGACCUGAUAGAGUGCGGCAUCGAUAUCAGAGCAGCUUCUCUGUACUCUGGAGUGUUCACAGAGAUGUUUAGAGAGGAGUGUGGGCUGCACCAGGACAAGGUGUUCUGCUUUGUGCAUCUGAGCUUCCACGAGUUUCUGGCUGCUCUGUACGUCUUUGUGACAUUCAUCAACUCUGGCGUCAACCUACUGUCAGAGUCACGGUCGAUGUCCUGCUGGUCUCCACUGCUCAGGGAGAAAUCAAAAGUCCACCUACUCUACCAAAGUGCUGUGGACAAGAUUAUAGAAAGUUCAAACGGACACCUGGACUUGUUCCUUCGGUUCCUCUUGGGUUUCUCACUGGAGACCAAUAAGAGCCUUUUACAAGGCCUGCUGACCCAAUCAGGAGGCAGCUUGCAGAGCUACCAGGAAACAGUCAGAUACAUCAAGAGAAAGAUCAGGAAGAAUCCAUCUCCAGAGAGGUGCAUCAAUCUUUUCCACUGUCUGAAUGAGCUGAAUGAUCAUUCUCUGGUGGAGGAGAUCCAACAGUCCCUGAGUUCAGGAAGUCUCUCCACAAACAAACUGUCUCCUGCUCAGUGGUCUGCUCUGGUCUUCAUCCUCCUGUCAUCAGAAAAAGACCUGGAUGUGUUUGACUUGAGGGAGUAUUCUGCUUCAGAGGAAGGUCUCUUGAGGCUGCUGCAGGUGGUCAAAGCCUCGAGGAUAUGCCUGUUGAGUGACUGUAAGCUGACAGAGAGAAGCUGUGAAGCUCUGGCCCGGGUUCUUACGUCCAAGUCCUCACGUCUGAGAGAGCUGGACCUGAGCAACAAUGACCUGCAGGACUCAGGAGUAGAAGAACUGUUCACUGGACAGGGGAGUUCACACAGCAGACUGGAAACUCUACGGCUGAGCAGCUGUAACUUGUCAGAGAAAAGCUGUGAAACUGUGGCCUCAGUUCUCAGCUCUCCGUCCUCCUGUCUGAAGGGCCUGGACCUGAGCAACAAUGACCUGCAGGAUUCAGGAGUCAAGCUGCUCGCUACCGGCCUCACAAGUCCACACUGCAGACUGGAAACUUUACGGCUGUCAGGCUGCCUGAUCACAGAGGAAGGAUGUGCUGCUCUGGUCUCAGCUCUGACCACCAACCCCUCCUAUCUGAGAGAGCUGGACCUGAGCUACAACCAUCCAGGAGACUCAGGAGUGAGCCUCCUGACAGCCGGACUCCAUGAUCCACAGUGGAGGUUGGACACUCUGUGUGUUGACCAUGGCGGCAGACAUCACUUAAAACCCUUCAAGUAUGCCUGUGAACUCACAUUAGAUCCAAACACAGCAAACAUAAAGCUCUCUCUGUCUGAAGACAACAGGAAGGUGACGGCGGUGACUGAGGAACAGCUUUACCCUGAACAUCCAGACAGGUUCAACCACUGGAAGCAGGUUCUGUGCCGAGAAGGUCUGACUGGGCGCUGCUACUGGGAGGUGGAGUGGAAAGGAUGGGUCAACAUAGGAGUGACCUACAGAGGAAUCAAGAGGAAAGGGAAGGACGACGACUGCUGUCUGGGAGAGAACAGCCAGUCCUGGGGUCUGUUCUGUUCAGGUAACGGUUUCUCUGCCUGCCACAAUAAGAGAACCACCGACAUUCGGGCUCCAUCUUCCUUCGACUCUGGCAGAGCAGCAGUUUAUCUGGACUGGCCUGCUGGCUCUCUGUCCUUCUACAGAGUCUCUUCAGACACUCUGGUCCACCUCCACACCUUCAACACCAUGUUCACCGAACCUCUGCACCCUGCGUUCAGAUUCAGGUUAACAUCUACGUCUGGUGCUUCAGCGUCGUUGUGUCGGUCUGAGGAGGAAGAAUCUGCUCCAGCGUAGAAAAAGUUCAACAAUUCUGACCUAACAAGUCCACAAUAACAGAGCCUGAAUGUAUAUGUUGUUACUGUUCAUCCAUUGUAGAUAUAUAUUUAAUCUUUCUGGUCUAUGGUGCUUGAUUCAACUCCAGCAUGAGUUUCCUAAUGGUUGCACAGUACAACCAUUAGGAAACUCAGACUUUCAGACCAACUUCAACAAGUCGCUUUCCAACUGUCCUUGUCCAACAAGUCACAUUUCUCCACAGUGUCCACUCAUUUUUAAGGUCCCUGGAGGUCUGAGGACGAUUCCUGACAGGAACAGAUGAGUGACGGUUAUCUGGAGGGUAGAAAGACGUUUCCUGCUGCGACCAGCUAGCAGUUUGGUAGAACCAUGUUGAGUUUGUUUUUUCUUGGUGUAAUGAACGUCUGUCUUGGAGAUCUUCAGUUUUUUCACUACCUGUCUCUCACUCAUGAUGGCUGCCUUUGUGGCGUCACAUAAUUCUUUAGUUUUAGGCGUUAUGUGAGAGCUGACAGCUUCUGAGUUGUGCUACGGCUUGAAUGUCAGCAGGAAACCACUCUAGGCCUUUGCAUGUGCAGUGCUGCUGAUGACAUGAAAUGAAAAAUUCAAUUUAGAAAUCAGUCAUUUGUCUAAAACAGGUGCUAAUUUACCUUCAUUUAUGUUGCUUCUUCAUUUGAUUUAUUCAAAAACACAUUUUGAGAUUCUAAUAAUAAUAAUGAAAAAGUAAAAAUAUCAAAUCAACCAUACUGGUCUUUUUUUUUAUUGUAUUUUUGACGUUAAGCUAUUAAACUAUUGCUAGAUAGUACUUAAGUGUCACUAAAAGGGACACUUUUUAUUUUCAGAUUUCUGAGUAAUCUUGUUUUGUAACAUGAGUAAACAUAUAAACCUGUAAUUUUAGAAUUAAAUGAUGGUUAUUUUCUUACAAUAAACCACCUCUAAAUACUGUGUAUUAUUUAUUACCAGG